CUCUCUCCUCUCUUUGUGUAAGCAAAGAACCGAUCUUUGGAUAAUUUGGGAAACUCUUCCUUUACUUCCCUGCAAGCUCGAAUGAUUGCCUUGUUCUCCUGAAAGCUCGAACUCGCUUUCUUCCACAGUUCCACCUCCAGAAUCAGUUGAAUCUUGGCUUGAUAGUUGAAUGGAUCCUGUGCCUGUCCGAUGUCUUCUUAACAGCAUAUCUCGGUAUCUUCAUCUGGUCGCUUGCCAGACCAGAAGAUUUAGUCCCAUCCAAACAUGUAUUGGAAAUGUGGUUCACUUGUUGAAGCUCUUGAAACCCUUUCUGGAUGAAGUUGUUGAUUGCAAAAUACCUUCUGAUGACUGCUUAAAUAGAGUGUGUGAAGACCUUGAUUCCGUUGUUAACCAGGCUCGGGAGUUCUUAGAGGACUGGUCCCCAAAGUUGAGCAAGCUGUUUGGUGUGUAUCAGUGCGAGGUUUUGUUGGAAAAGGUCCAGACUUGUUCGCUGGAGAUUGGUCGCAUACUUGUUCAGUUAUCACAGUCGUCCAGUCCGGUUACUUCAAGCGUACAAGGUGUUGAGCGCUGUGUGCAGGAGAUUGAGAGCUUUAAGCAAGGGAACAGAUUGACUGAUCACAUGGAGAAUGCAUUAAGGAAUCGGAAAGACGAUAUUGUUCCUUUGGAUAAUCUACAUCUGGAUAACAUUAUUCAAAUGAUGGGAUUGAUAUCAAACCAGGAUCUCUUGAAGGAAAGCAUUGCUGUGGAGAAGGAGAGGAUAAGAUCCCAGGCCAGCAAGUCGAAAGAAAAAAUGGAACAAAUCGACCAACUGAUAGAUCUUGUCUCGUGCAUCCGUGAACACAUGCUUAAAACCGAGUUUCUUGAAGUAGCUAAAGGCAUCUCUGUACCACCGUAUUUCCGAUGUCCUUUGUCAACGGAACUCAUGCUGGAUCCGGUAAUAGUAGCUUCAGGACAGACAUUUGACAGAACUUCCAUUAAGAAAUGGCUUGAUAACGGGUUAGGUGUUUGUCCCAGGACACGGCAGGUGCUUACUCAUCAAGAACUCAUUCCCAAUUACACGGUGAAGGCUAUGAUUGCGAGUUGGUUGGAGGCAAACAGUAUCAACCUUGCUCCUAGUUCUGGUCAUCUUUAUGACGGUGGCGAUGCUUCAUCCAUGGCUAACAACAUGGGUUCUCAUGACUUUAACCGCACCGAGAGUUUUCGUUUUUCUUUACGGAGCAGCAGUUUUACCUCAAGAUCAUCUCUUGAAACUGGAAAUGGGUUUGAGAAACUAAAGAUCAACGUGUCUGCAAGUUUAUGCGGGGAGUCUCAAAGCAAGGAUCUUGAGAUUUUCGAGCUUUCUUCUCUGGGGCAGUCUUAUACUCACAGCAGAAGUGAAUCCGUUUGCAGUGUUGUCUCGUCUGUUGAUUAUGUUCCUUCGGUGACAAAUGAGACGGAAAGUAUUCCAGGGAACCACCAAAGCUACAAUGAGAUGUCUCCCAAGAAAAACUCAGAAAGUUUAACCAACGUUAAUCAUGAGUAUAGUGCAGUGAAUACGCAAGAGUGUUCUGUACAGAAUUUGGAUGAUUCAGGAACCAUGACGGCUUCACAUACCAUGAAAUUGGUAGAAGAUCUGAAAAGUGGAUCUACCAAAGCAAAGACUGCUGCUGCAGCUGAAAUACGUCGUCUCACCAUUAACAACAUUGAAAAUCGUGUUCACAUAGGGCGUUGCGGUGCUAUCACUCCACUGCUUUCACUUUUAUACUCUGAAGAAAAUCUAACCCAAGAACACGCAGUCACGGCUUUUCUGAAUCUUUCGAUUAGUGAACUAAACAAAGCAAUAAUUGCAGAAGCUGGGGCAAUAGAACCGCUUGUUCAUGUUUUGAACACAGGAAAUGACAGAGCCAAAGAGAAUUCAGCGGCAACAUUGUUCAGUCUGUCUGUUCUGCAGGUCAACAGGGAACGAAUAGGCCAGUCUAACGCAGCGAUACAGGCUCUGGUGAAUCUUCUUGGUAAGGGGACAUUUAGAGGAAAGAAAGACGCCGCCUCUGCUUUGUUCAAUCUCUCCAUAACUCAUGAGAACAAGGCUCGUAUCGUGCAAGCUAAGGCUGUUAAGUACCUUGUGGAGCUGUUAGACCCAGGUUUUGAGAUGGUUGAUAAAGCAGUUGCUCUUCUUGCAAAUCUUUCUGGUGUUGGAGAAGGGCGUCAAGCAAUUGUGAGGGAAGGUGGGAUCCCGUUGCUUGUUGAGACCGUUGACUCAGGAUCUCAGAGAGGGAAAGAGAAUGCAGCUUCUGUGCUACUUCAGUUGUGUCUGAACAGUCCCAAAUUUUGCACUUUGGUCUUGCAAGAAGGUGCCAUACCUCCUCUUGUUGCCUUGUCUCAGUCUGGCACACAGAGAGCAAAAGAGAAGGCACAACAACUUCUCAGCCACUUUCGAAACCAGCGAGAUGUAAGGAUGAAGAAAGGUAGAUCAUGAAUCCUGAAGAAAUAGAACUGCAUUUUACCAUUUGGACAUUCCCCUGAGGAGAUUUAUUUUGUUAAGCUAGUAGAUAUAUUUUUCUUUGUCUUUCUUUUUGCCAGGACUUCUAGCUGGAGAAUAGUGUCUUCUCUUCUCUCUCUUUUUGUGUUUUUGGUUCUUGUUAGGUAAUGAGUGUGUUAAUGCUGUUGUGUAGUAGGUUUAUAUAUGUGCAACUUGUGAGUUUCUCGAGUAUAUAUAGGCAAUGAAAUUUUUACUU